UGUCAGCAGCAACGCCGCGUGCUGGUUGGAUGACACUAGUUUGCGUUAUAGGAAGUAGCGAACAGGCCGUAGCAUUAGCUGAACGUUUGAGAUUUCCGAUUUUUCGAAGUCGGGAUUAAUACACUGGGUGGCAUCCUGUUUUUGUUGUCUUCGCUUUUGUACCGAAACUGGUCGUCGAUGCAACUGUAAUAUCGCAAUUUCGACUUUGCUGGUUUGGAGCUUGUUAACUGUUGGAGAGUCCAAACCUUCAUUGUGCUUCCUGCAAAUUAUUUUCUGUAGAUUGCCUAUUUCGUUACUACUAGCUAACGUUCUUAGAAAGUUAGCAUUAGCUAGCUAGCCUUUGGCUAGCUGUACUGACAUUGACGUGAGAAAAACAUCCGCGGAAUAUCGCAAACUUCUCCUGAGAAAAGAUUUCGUAACAGUUAGCUUGUUAGCUGACUAACAACAAUUGAACUGACCACAGCAACCGGUACACAUUAAUGGGUGCUCACAGGAGUGAAGGGCGGAGAGACUGGCUACAGCAAGAUGUUGCAGAACAGCAGGUCGCGAUGAGUCCGUGGAACGUCAUGAUUAAACAUCGGCAGGUUCAUCGCAGGGGACGGCGCUCACAGAUGACCGUCAGCUAUACUGACCCUGUGCUGUCCAUGGACCUUCUGAGAACUGUACUGCAGCCAAGCUUCAAUGAUGACAUCCUUGCUGUCUUUAAGAAGUACAUGAAAUUUUUUGAGAAGGCUGCCAGCAACGUAAAGGAGAACGUCGGCGAGGACGUGCAGACGGAGCAGCUGAUCAGAGAGGCCUGCAGAAACUGCUUGGAGCACGCAAAGCAGCUCUUUCCUGAUGCGGUUGCCAGAUCUGGUCCGGAGCCCCCAGUCAAGCGCCCACGGCCCGUGGAGGACAGCUCAAGCCAGAGGGGCAGUCCCGUCCCGAAGAAGCGGAAAGGUCGUCCCCCCGGGCCAGUCACUGUUUAUGAUCGUCCCAUUUCCUACAGCACCCCAGCCAAGCCCAAGAACUCUGAGCCUGUGAAGCGCGAGGGACCCAAGUGGGACCCUUCCAGGCUGAAUGAAAAGAGCACAUUCGUCCUCGGUUCAAGGGCAAACAAAGCUCUAGGGAUGGGUGGCACCAGAGGGAGGAUUUACAUCAAACACGCUGACCUCUUCAAGUAUGCUGCAGAUGCACAGGACAAACACUGGCUGGCAGAAAGACAGCACAUGAGGGCUACAGGAGGAAAGAUGGCCUACCUUCUCAUUGAAGAAGAUGUACAGGAUCUUGCUCAGAGUGACGAUUACAGGGACUGCCCUGAACUGAAGCUGGAUGAAAUGAAGCCCUUCGCCGUCCCACUGUGGAUGAUCGAGAAGAUGCAGAAAGCCAUGGAGGCGCAGAGGUCGGAGAGGGAAUAGGGGCGGGAGGAGCGAACAGGAGACUUUUUUACGUCAGGACUUGGUUGGUCGCCACAUCGAAAAGCUUGAAGUCGGAGCCUUCCCCACCACUGUCACUGCACACCACGAAACGGUCGUCCUGCAGGGAGCGCGCCACGACGAAAACACGGUGCCAUUUCACACAAAAACCUGUACCGUACAAAACAAAAUGGCUGUCGUGAAGAUUUAAAAAAAAAAAAAAAAAAAAAGAUGUAUGUACACAUUUAUGUCUGUAAUUGUUACACAGCUUGCAUGUUUGGUCUGUUGUUGUAUUUAGAAAAAAGAAAACCGAUAAACUCAGACUUGUAAAACCCAUUCGAACAGAUGUAUUUCAAGAAAAAAAAAGGGCAGCUCAGAUACAUUUAAUUAAACCAGUGAAUUGAGGAAAUCAUUGGUACUGCGGCGCUUGUGUUUAGGUUUAUUGUAGCGAUUAGAUUGAAAAAGUUUUAAAAGUGGAGCAGUGUCAAUUGCACCAGUUUUUUCAGAUCCUCUGGAUUCUACGAAAAAGCACAGUCCAAUCAGGUUUUCUGUGGUGCACCUAUUGUCAUGCACUGAAUAUUUUAUAUCUGAUUUUGUAACUUUGUCUUAGUUUUGUACCACUUUUUUUGCCCCCAUCUCCAGUAGUAACAGACCUUGAUGUGUUUUUAAAACAGUGCGUAGGGGUCUUUAGUUUAGGAAUGAUUUCUUUUCAACUUAAUUGUUCGCAAAUGUCCUCAAUGGCCUUGAGUGUUCUUAUGGACAAUGAGCCCUGCAUGCUUUAAAUAAGGGAUUUUUUAUUUAUUUCAUUCUUACCAUUUUAUUGAUUUGGAACGUAAAAUCAAAGCAAUUAAAAUGGAACUGUGUAUGAAAAUGGCAUAAUACUGUAUUGGGGCAAGGAUUUGAGCGACUGUUAUGUGCCAUGUAAUAUUUUAGUUAUUUUUUGCAUCUCUUGAUUUGUAUGCCAUUUCUGUGUUAAAAAGCCAUCUAUUGUAGCUAUGUGUCAUUUUAUUUUAUUUUUAAUAGUUAAUUGGGGUAUUACCAAGAUCUGCAUUCGGGAAAGUGUUAUUUUGAAAGUAAACAUUUUUGUUUGAGCUGAAUUUUAAAGCAGGGGAAUACCAUGGCUCUAGCUUUGAUAAGGCAUGAACUAAGAGUGUGUAUUAACAAUUACUAACAGCAAUAUUAACUAAGUAUUAAAGCUGUUUUCGUUUGUAUGUCCA